UCGAUUUUUACUAUUGUUCGCAUUUUUAUUAAAGUUUCAUCGGACGAAAAGGUUUUCAUUUAUUCCAACGCAAAAAAAAACUAAAACAACAACAGAAAACGUUAUCCGUCUCCGGCGCAUAACAAAUAUUUUUUUAUUUUAAUUACGUGAACUAUAAUACGAACCAAUUUUUCCAUAUAUGAAUGUGAACGAGAAUUUAUGGUUUUAAAAAUUUAGUUUUCUUUUUCGUUUCGGAUUUUUCAUAUUAUUUUUAUGAGCUUUUAUGAGCUUUCUUUUUUGCUCGUGGUGAACAAUAAGAAUUUAUCUGAUCUGUGAAAUUGUUUACUAAUUCAACAACAACAAAAAUGGAUAAUGUUUUACGAUGUUCAAUCAUUUUGGUAAUGCUACACAUUUUUUGCAAUCACUUUGGACUUGCGUCAAUAAACCCCAUUACGAACACGAAUUACAAGGUCAUGCGAGAAGAAAAUCGUCUGGGUUCAAUCUAUUCAAAUGAACGGGGCGAUUGGGAUCUAGCUCGGCUGAAAUCACCCAAAAUUGUUGGUAAUUACGAUUUCGAUGAUUACAAUCAUGGUGGUGAGGAGUUAGACAACAGUGUCCAGUACUACGACGAAAAUACUCAAACUAUGGACAACGAUUUUAAUGAGAAUGACUACACAGAAGACGAAUCUCUUAUGUCAGCUGACAAACGGAGCCGUCAUGCGCAACGUCAGAGUAAGAAGAGGACGGACAAAAUCGUAGAUCUGUGUCCGACCCGUGGUGUUCCCUAUGCAAUCACCGAGGAUUGGAAAAAACGAGGUUUUAAACUUCAAGAUGGAAGGAAUUAUACGGAAAUAGUUUGUAACCAUACCACUACGCAUGAUGCCUACGAGAGACAGUACAACAGAAUUUGCUAUUCAUUAGGAAGGACCUUUGAAUAUGGUCAAGGAACGCACUGCUUUCAGCGUUACAUCAGCAGAAAUAUAGAUAUUGAGUCAGUUCACGACAGUAAUAAUCGUAGAUUCUAUACUCAGGCAUACUUUCGGCAAGGUUGCACCUGUGGAUGGGCAACGGAUGAGCUUGGAUUGAUUGACGAUUAUCAUUCUGAAAAAAUGUUAACUCUAUGUUCAGAAUUAGGUGGCCGAGCUUAACGUUGAGCUACUUAUUGUGUUUGUAAAAAAAAUUAUUUAUUUUUCGUGAUUAAACAUUGAAUGUGAAAAUAAACAAA